AUGACGUCCCUCAAGUGGCUGGUUCACCAUCUCCCUGACUUUUUCCCUUAUUCUUUUGGACGAGCGGUACUUCGGCUUUUUCAUCUUCACUUGACUCGAGUUAUCCUUGCCUUCGCAAUGUCUACCUCAACCCUUUCAAGUCGCUUCUUUUCUUUAUUCGUGUCCCUGGCUCUCCUCUCCUCUGUCUCGGCUAUCCCAUGGCCUUCGACAUCGAAGCACGCGACCCACAGGCGGAGGAAUAUAGGGGGGAGAGAGGUGGAAAGCUUCCAUCCCGAGUCAACCUUCAAGACCUUCGGAUCGACCGGCCGUUCCUUUGCGGUGAACCAACAGCUUUUCGAUGUGUCUAUCGAGGGGUUGGCGAUCGCUUUUUUUGGCUCUCGUGGAUUCGACACCAGCGGAAUCAAGUAUCGUUCGGGCUAUUCUGCUGGAGAGUUUCAGUAUGCAUACUUGAAGCAGUCUGCUAAUGGGAUCGACUUCGCGAAUGCUGUCGCCAAUGUGGUGUUCAAGGGCGACAAGGUUGUUUCAUUCGGGUCAUCUUUCGUCAAUUUCAGUUCGGUCAGGAUCCCAUCCGCGACGCCGUCAAUAAAUUUGAAGGACGUUCUUCCCAAGAUCCAGUCUGAAUUCAAUGCAACGAAGCCCGACGGUAGCGAGCCGGCCCUCGAAUACCUCGUUCAAAGUAAUGGGUCCGUGGUGCUCGCGUAUGUCGUCCAACUUCGCAACUCCUUGAUUGGCGCCGCGUUCGAGGUGUUUGUGGAUGCGAUUUCUGGAGUCGUCCUUUCCAUCACGGACUUCGUCGCCCAUGCUUCGUACACCGUGGUUCCCAUUGACAAGGCUAGCUUUGCCGAUGGUCUCCAGACGGUGACCAAUCCCCAAGACACGCAAGCAUCGCCUAGUGGUUGGCACACCAUCAACAAUAAGGCGACGACCACAACGGCUGGCAAUAACGUCGUCGCAUUCACCUUGCGCAAUGGCACGCGCGACUUCCAAGAAUCACCCAUCCUCACCUUCAUGGCCAAGUAUGAUGCUGCGGCCUCGCCCAACACAACUGACAACACCAAUGCCGCCCGCGCCAACGCAUUUUACGUCGCGAAUCGCGUGCACGAUAUCGCUUACCGUUAUGGAUUCACCGAGAAAGCAUUUAAUUUCCAGCAUGAUAACUUCGGAAAGGGAGGGAAGGGGAACGACUCUGUCGAUGUUAUUGUUCAUGACCCAUCGGGCUUGAACAAUGCUUACUUUUCGGUGCCACCUGAUGGGGAGCCAGGCACUUGCCACAUGUUCAUUUGGACGAAAUCCCUGCCCAACCGCGACGGCUCGAUGGACAACGGCAUUCUCAUUCAUGAGAUGGCGCAUGGCAUCACAGGCCGGAUGACUGGUGGUGGCACCGCACGCUGUUUGCAAACGACGGAAUCCGGCGGUUUAGGAGAGGGAUGGAGCGACACUUUCGCUGGCUGGAUGGAGCAGUCUUCUCGUGAGACGAAGGACAUAACGAUAGGAUCCUACGUCUACAAUAGGACCAGGGGUCUCCGGCGCUUUCCCUACUCUGUCAAUACGACCACAAACCCGCUACGGUAUUCCGACCUGAAGAAACUAACCGAAGUCCAUUACAUUGGGGAAGUUUGGGCCAAUAUGCUGCACAACGUAUAUGCCUCGCUCGUUCAGCAGUUCGACUAUUCCUCUGAUAGGUUCACGAACCCCGACUCACCGGCCGGAAAUGUCGUCUUCCUCCGGUUGUUCAUAGACUCCCUGGCUAUCCAGCCUUGCAACCCAACCUUUGUGCAAGCACGCAACGCGUGGAUUCAAGCCGACGUCAAUCGAUAUGGCGGAAAGCACAGGUGUACGGUAUUUAAGGCUUUCGCAAGCCGCGGCCUGGGGGCGAAGGCUGGCCCACAAUUCGAUGAUGACGGGACGAUCCCUCCGGACUGUUCGUAG